GACUGUUUAAGGGUUACGCGCGUACAAAUUUCUUGAUCGCCCGAUCAUCGCCUGUCUAAAGUUAUACGCCAAUUCAGAAUAAGCUAUUAUCCAACAUGCGGUUAGCCGACGUCUAAGCAACAAAAGAAAAUUUAAUCGCCGGGCUGGGCAUGUUUAUGUCCGCGUUUAGGUGGAACGCAAGUACAUGCAGCACAGGUUUAGACAUCAUGGAGGCGGUUUUACAAAUUCUUGAGUUUGCACAAGAGGAGGAGGAGGAGGAGGUACUGUUGGGCCGUCCUCGUGUCGAAAGAGUAUUUGAGGUCCGAGUGGAUGCGCUCCGAAAGUAUAGCGACAGUAAAUUUAUCCGCAGAUUCCGGGUUUCCAAGGACACAUUUCGUUGGCUAGUAGAUUUCUUAGCCCCGGAUUUGAUGCCACUAAAGGAGAGUAAUCAUGCUCUGAACCCGGAGCAGCAGGUGCUGGUUGCCAUGCGCUUUUAUGCCAGGGCAUCAUUCCAAAUGGACAUUGGUGAUAUGUGUGGCGUAUCCCAGGCAACUGUCUGCAGGGUGGUUCAUCGCGUUUCCUCUGCUAUUUGUGCCAGACGUCAGCAAUUCAUUCACUUUCCAACCACACCGGAAGAAAGGAGAACUAUUGCCGAAGGCUUCUAUGAGAUUGCCCAAUUCCCUGGGGUCGUUGGUGCUAUAGACGGUUCCCAUGUUGCUAUAGUUAAUCCUGGUGGGGAGCGUGCGGCCCAUUUUAUCAAUCGUAAAGGUUGGUAUAGUAUCAACUGCCAGGGUGUUGUGGACCAUCAACUUCUUUUCACUAACAUUGUUGCCAGAUGGUACGGUUCGGCACAUGACUCGCGGAUAUUUCAAGAAUCACAACUAUUCCGUAAAUUUCAAGCAGGGGAAUACAGAGGCAUUUUGCUAGGGGAUCCGGCCUACACUUGCAGCACGUUCAUGCUUACCCCGGUUCGCAACCCAACAACACCAGAGGAGAACCGUUACAACAAUGCCCAACGACGUACCCGGGGAGUGGUUGAACGAGCAUUCGGGAUUUGGAAAAAGAGAUUUCCCUGCGUCUCCAAGGGAAUGCAUCUGAGGUGUUCAUUGGAUCACAACAUGGCAAUAAUAGUUGCGACCACCUGCUUACAUAAUCUCGCCACACGAAUGAAUGAUCCUGUACCGGAGCCAGAAGCUGACCUUCCUCGACGUGAAAUCGGUGAACCAGAACGACCCAUCAACCCGGCUGAAGUAAAUUUCAGAGGAAACUUAUUCCGACAACGAUUCAUCAUGCAGCAUUUUAAUCAAUAAGACAAGGCUUCGGUCGUCUUCUGUAAUGCUGAACUUGUCGGCUGUCUCGGAGCGACGGCUCUCUGCUGAUGUGUGGCAACGAGUGUCUGCUGACGUGAACUGGUGUGGGUUGUCUGCUCACGGCAGACUGUCGAGGACGGCGACAGCCUUCCACGAGUUGAGGACUUGUUAUUCCCGCUGAAAAAGGAGUGGCAUUUUAACAAAUCAGAAAGUACAGGACUAUCGUGUUCAAAAGAUGAAAUGAAAUUUUUCAUUUUAAUGACUGUUGAAAGGAAAAUUAGGGCAACAAUUUUCAUCCACCAUUUUCAACGAUUCUCUUACCAAACUGACAAUUGAUCCUCGUUGCUUCUCACUUCUUCUAACUCGACAUCUGGUUCGGUGUCAUCAUCGUAUUCAGUGGGCAAAUGAUAUGCACUGUAAAAGAACAUUGGUUAAUCAAGUGCUUGUAAAUUUUCGUAACUUGCUUUGCAGUUCAUUACAUCACGAGAACCAUCCCAGAUAUUUUUGUUUUAUACUGAUGCCACUCUGUAUCUUGUAAUGACAGUAAAAUACACGCACUUCCUGCAACUCAGAAAUGUGUAUUUUUCAUAAUAAUCAUCAGAAGGCAUACUUGCCUCUUAUUUGUAUUUCCGCUUGAACUGGUGCCUGCAGUAACAUCCUCAUCGCGAGUGUCGGUGACCGCUCCAGUGCAAUCAUCGUCGUAAGUGUUCUUAAUCUGCUCCAAAUCUUUUGCUAUAAUGGACAAAAUUGCGACUGUUUCUUCGUCGAGGUCGUCAACUUCCGGUGCUCCACCGCCAGUCUUGGCCAUAUCUAUUUUCUUAUCCCGUGCGACCGUUUUGGUCUUCCCUUUCAUCCUUCUCCAUAAUUCCUUGAGGUCCUUUGCAGAGGCCCUCGCCCUCUCGGGAAAAUUCGCCGCCAUUUGUUUCUCGAUUUCGUCCCACGCCUUCUG